AAAAAGCACGAAGAAGAAGGUGCAUCCGGAAGUCAGAGAAGCGGCAAAUUGGAAAGCGUACAUGUAGUAAACAAACCUGUCACAUUAGCACGGAACAUUAACCAAAAUGCCGGCCAAGUUGACGAAACUAAAGCGAAUCAUAAGAGGGAAGGCGAUGGGGGACGUAAAAAUCCCAGCGGCGUCAGAGGCGAUGAUUGAACUGGCGGUUCUGCUGUUCCUGAACAGUCUGGCUGAAGAGGCGAGGGUUAAAGCGUUUGAGGAGAAAUCUGCAACAAUCAGAGCUCAGCAUGUUAACGCAGUCACCAAGAAAAUGUUGAAAAGGGCAAGAGGAUGAAGAGGACGAGGAUUACUGUGAUGAGCAUGAUCUCAUUUGUUAAAAUUAGUUUUAUCCUCCUCUACAAAUUCAUCAUUUUACUGUUUUCUGAUGAAUGUGUUUUGAUUUGUGUCCCGGCUCUCACCCCGAAUCUCUCCAAACGACAAACUUGGUUAUGUUUUCUCAGUAAUCCAGAGCUUUGCUCGACGGGCGAUCCCAAACUAAUUGCAGAGGGUCUGAACUCCUUUCUGCGCUGAAACAGGCCCGUGUUUUUUAGGCGCUCCUUCCCACAGCCCUGGCGCCCCGACAUCCGCACGGCCCUCGUCUCGCUCUCCGCUCAUCCGUCAUGCUUUCUGUCUUCAGCUGCACGCUUCACGGCCCCCUUCGAAUUCCUCGCUUCGUCACGGCACACGGAAUAUCUGCGCCCUCAGAUGAUAUCCUGCUAAUUCCUUAUCACCACGAAGUUAAGACAAGAAGGUCGGAGUCGGAGACGGAUCUGUUCAGCGUUUGUUUUAUGACAGAAAAAAAAUUAUUAUUAUUUUUCAUUUGGGGGAUAAUCUGUGUAAAUGUAGCAGAAAGCAUGAAGUUCUGUUGAAGUUAUUGUAUCUAUGAGAAGCAUGUUUUUUUUUGUAUGUUUCUGUACAUCUUGUAAAGUAAUACCGCUCUAACUUGCAUGUCGUCACGUUACGUCUACGGUCUGUGGUUUCAUGUGAUGGAGCAACACAGCCUAGUGUGUUAUUGUUAAGUCGUAGUGUAUGAGUGGGUUUCUUUUUGGUUUUGAAUAAAAAUCUAAAAAAGUGUCA